AUGCAUUACACGGGCACACUAGAAGAUGGAACUGAAUUUGAUAGUUCAAUACCUCGAGGAAAUCCUUUAACUUUCACUCUUGGUUCUGGUCAAGUUAUUAAAGGAUGGGAUCAAGGACUUAUUGGUAUGUGUGAAGGAGAACAAAGAAAAUUAGUCAUACCGCCAGAAUUGGCAUAUGGAGAAGCUGGUGCUCCACCAAAAAUACCAAAAUCUGCCACCCUUACAUUCCAUGUUGAUCUUGUAAAGAUUGAGAGAAAAGAUGAACUC